AUGGCGACGCUCGCGAUGGCCGCCGCGUCGGCGUCGCCGCGCGUCCCGCGCGACGAGAGACGGAGACGACGCUCGAUCUUCGAAGAGGACGCGCGGUCGCGCGGUGGGAUCCGGCCCGGGGCGGGGCCGCAGGGUAGGCACGCCUCGGCGCGCGCCUCUUCCUCCGCCCCCUCCUCCUCCGACGACAACGCGCUCGCCAGAGCCGCGAAGCGCGCGCUCGGUUUCUUCCGCGCGCGCGUUGACCUCGCGAUGGAGGACGACGAGGAAGCGUCCGUCUCCGCGGUCGUCGCCCCCAGCGCGGACGGCGCGUCCGCCGCGAGGUGGGCCGUCGACGUCGAUCUCUUUCUGCGCUCGCCGAUGAACGACGGACCGCUGUCCGCGAAGGCCGCGGCCGCGCUCGAGCGCGUCUCGCUCUCGCUCGACGUCGACUUCGCGCCGCGCGACGCGGGGAUGUUCCCGUCGCGCGGCGCCGCGGGCGUGCGCGGAUCGCGCUUCUUCGCGGGCUCGCGCGGCGUCGACCCGCGCGCGGCCUCUUCGACGUUCGACGGGUUCUGCUGGAUCGCCGAUGAGCCCGGCUACUUCAAAUUUACGCUCCCGGCGUCGGCGCCGGUGACCGCGUCCGGGGUGGACAUCUUACCCGACGGUCCCGUGUAUUUCAACGCGAAGAUAGUCACGACGGAGGACGGCGCAGAAGAGAAAACCGCGGUCCGGCUGACGUCGGGGGUCGUCACGGUGAAGCGGGAUCUGGAGGCGAGCUUCUUGGGCGCGAAUUACCGCGGGAUCCUCGCCGAGUACGUCGUCGUCGGGACGUUCACGGGGACGCGUCCGUGCGGCUCCUCGUCCGAACCGCUGGACGACGCCAGCAACGCGGCGGCGCCGGCGAGCUUCUCCCGCGUCCCCGCGCCAAACUCCCCCGCGGGCCAGUGCUCCCGGACGCCCCUCGCGUCCCCCCUCCUCCGCGCCUCCUCCCUCUUCCGCGCGCUGCCGCGCGCCCUCGUGAACCUCGCGCCGUCGCCCGGGGCGCCCUGCGGCGCGCCGGGGAGGCCGUUUCGCGUCGCGAGGACGUUGAUCCACCACGCCUGCAUCGCCGGCACGGCGGCUUUCAACGCCGCCUCCGCGUGCGCCGCCUCCGCCUCCGCCGCCUCGACGAUCCAUCGCAGCGCGUCCGCGUUCCACUUCUGCUGCUGCGCGUCGUCGCGGACGUGA